AUGUCUGGGUUGUCCGGCCCGGCCGUCAGUGAGAGCUGCACCCCAAGGCACCUCUCUCUGGAGGUUCAGGGCCAGCCUCAGUUGUCUGCCUUCCGGUCAGGCAGGCCCCAGCCCUGGUUCGUCGGCCAGAGCCAGGAUGAUGUUCUACAAACUGGAGCUUUGGUGCAGGAUGCCACAGAGGGGGCUGUAGGAUCCCUUGAACUUGCAGGCUUCUUAAAGCGGCCAGUGAAAGCCCAAAGUCUUCCUAAGAUCUGUCUGGCAAAAUUGAUGAUGAAGCAUGCGUGGAAUAAUUAUAAAAGUUAUGCCUGGGGAUUAAAUGAGCUGAAGCCUAUAUCAAAAGAAGGCCAUUCCAGCAGUCUGUUUGGUAACAUCAAAGGAGCAACUAUAGUAGAUGCCCUGGAUACGCUUUUUAUUAUGGAAAUGAAAGAUGAGUUUCAGGAAGCAAAAUCAUGGAUUGAAGAAAAUUUAGAUUUUAAUGUGAAUGCCGAAAUUUCUGUUUUUGAAGUAAAUAUACGCUUUGUUGGUGGACUGCUCUCAGCCUACUAUCUGUCUGGAGAAGAGAUAUUUCGAAAGAAAGCAGUGGAACUCGGGAUAAAAUUGCUACCUGCAUUUCAUACUCCCUCUGGAAUACCUUGGGCAUUGCUGAAUAUGAAAAGUUGUCUCAGUGUUUCACUUCCACUUCGUAAGUGAAGAGCCCUUGCUUCAGUGAGGCUGCUGCUCAGAGAGAUCGCAGCGGCAGCAGCACUGGGGCGGAUCGGAACCCAGCCCCCAUGCCGAAGCUGGCAUCACUGAGACCAGGAGCGCCUGAGACUGCCCAACCCGCAGCUGUAAGGAGAGAGGGCAACUGAUCCACUGACCCGGAUCAGCCCAACCUUCUCAUCCUCUUGGUCGAAGAGCCGGGUAUGUCAAGUCCUUGAACGUGGCCCUGAUGGAAAAACCAGGCCAGAUGGACUUUCUGUGUUCUCCCAGGGAAGCGUUGGAUAGUUCGUGACAGCUUAAACAUUUCGUUAAUGCUAAAUAAACGCAUCUUGAGAUUCCUUGCAGCUCCUUCCUCCCUAUAAAUUACUAAUUGCACGUGUGUCUUUUUGUGGCGAUGAGGAUGACGGUUAUUAUUAUCGCCAUAAAAUGCGAUGAGCACUUUACUCCGAUUACUGUGUAUAAUCCUCAUAAGAACCCAGAGAGAUGAACACUGUUGUUAUCUCACUUCACUAAUAAAAAAC